AUGUGGCAGAGAGACAUGAAAAGCAGUGGCAUGAACAGCAUGAACGUGGAACAGCUCAGUUCCACGUUGCUGCCUGCUAAAAAGGUCAAAAUAACCCAAAGAAGGAACGCAUACAAAUACUACUAUCGGGCGAGGCUGGCCCGCAGGGCGCGGAGCCAGCAGCGAGCACCACGCUGGAGCAGCAGCGGCAGCGGGAGCCUGGGCCGCCAGCCGCUGUGUAAGUGGGAGGUGUUCCCUGGCCACAACCGCUUCUACUGCAGUGGCCGCCUCAUGCUGGCCUGCCAUGGCGGCGUCUUCGCGCUCACGCUGCUGCUCAUCCUCAGUACCACCGUACUCUUCUUCUUCUUCGACUGUCCCUACCUGGCCCACAGACUGACCCUGGCCGUCCCCAUCAUCGCUGCCAUCCUCUUCUUCUUUGUCAUGAGCUGCCUCCUGCAGACCAGUUUUACUGACCCUGGCAUCCUACCCCGGGCAACCAUCUGUGAAGCAGCUGCCCUGGAGAAGCAGAUUGACAACGCAGGCAGCUCCACAUACCGACCGCCCCCUUGGACCCGGGAGGUGCUGAUCAACGGGCAGAUGGUGAAGCUGAAAUACUGCUUCACUUGUAAGAUGUUCUGGCCACCCAGGACCUUGCACUGCAGUGUCUGCGACAACUGUGUGACCUUCAUCUUCGCCUGCGUGGUCACCCACCUGACUCUGCGUUCUCAAGAAAGCAACUUCCUCUCCACUCUGAAAGAGACACCAGCAAGUGCGCUGGAGUUGCUCAUCUGCUUCUUCUCCAUCUGGUCCAUCCUGGGCCUCUCAGCGUUCCGAACUUACCCCGUCGCCUCCAGCCUGACAACUAACGAAGACAUCAAAGGGUCUUGGUCCAGUAAGAGGGGCAGUGAGGCCUCUGUCAACCCCUACAGCCAUAAAAGUAUUGUCACCAACUGCUGUGCUGUGCUCUGUGGCUCCCUACCUCCCAGCCUGAUCGACUGGCGGGGAUUCGUGCAGUCUGACGCUGUGUUGCCCUCGCUCAUCAGAAGUGACGAGCCAGCCUGUGGGGCCAAGCCAGAUGCCAGCAUGGUAGGAGGCCACCCCUGAAUGUGACUCAGUGCUUGCCACCUGCCACCCUCCACGCCUGCCGGGACCCUCCCCAUACCAUCCGAGGGAAGCAGAGCUGCCAA